AGAAGCAUUUUGCGGGAGGUGCGGGAGAACUCCCACAUCAGGAAACUUCCUCCGCUAAUGCUAACCAACCCCUUCGCUUCCUUAAAGCUUCACUAAGAUUAACUUUUUUUUUUUUUUUUUUAACAAUAGCUUUUUAUUUUUCCAAAUACACGCAAAGAUAGUUUCCAACAUUUCUUUGCAAAACUUCGGAUUCUAAUUUUUCCUCCUACGCCUAGACAUCAAGCAAUCCAGUAGGUUAACAAGUUAGUUUACUAGUUAACAACUAGUUAAACCAAAUAGUUUACCAGUCAACAACUAGUUAAACCAACUAAUUUACCAGUCAACAACUAGUUAAACUAACCAGUUUACUCGUUGACAACUAGUUAAACUAACUAGUUUACCAGUCAACAACUAGUUAAACCAACUAGUUUACCAGUUAACAACUAGUUAAACCAACCAGUUUACUCUUUAACAACUAGUUAAACUAACUAGUUUACUAACAAGUUUACUAAGACUAUUGAGAUCUACAUUCUCAGGGUCAGCUUGAAGUCAGAAGCAGGAUUUGAACUCGUCUUCCCCAGAAUUUGAGACAUUACACCACUCAUCAUGAGACGACAGCUUUAGACACGGAAGGCAUUGGCCCAUUUUACAGAGGAGGAAACUGAGACUCCUCUAGAGGUGGAAAAACGCUGCCUCCGCAGGGGUGGGGUGGCGUAGGAGCAGCAGGAGGAAGAGCGGGGGAGGAGGAGCGAAGAAGGAGGACUUCUGCAGGCAUGCUGGGAGCGGCCCCCUCGUCCCGCGAGGGAUGCUGGGAGUUGUAGUCCCGAGCCCUCUGCCGGGCGAUUCGUGUCAUGGCUGCCAGCACCGAGGUCCUGUGCUUCUUGUCCAGCCCGUGGACACAAAGUUUCUGAGCUCGGGUGACUGGGGACGUGAACUCCUG